CAAAAUGCGAGUGGUGACUCGGUGAACGCAUUGACAAAGAGGAACUUCAGAUAAGAAGUUUAUCGUAAUUUUGGAUCCAGCACUGAUAUCUUCAUUUGUGCGUUCAACUGAAGGAGGUGUUUCAGUGCACUGAAGAUCUUCAACAUGGCAAUACAUAUAGCGUUACUUUGUGUAAUUGCUGCCCUUUGGUUUGUGUGGAGGUGGAAACAUCUUCAAACAUUCAAAAAACUUGGUAUUCCAGGACCAAAACCAAAUUUCAUCUUUGGAAAUAUUUUGGAAUUGUAUAAAAAGGGACCUAUAAAAUGUCAAGAAGAAUGGGUGAAGAAACAUGGCCGAGUUUUGGGAUAUUUCUACGGAAUGAAGCCUAUCUUACUUGUGACUGACCCGAUGAUCUUGAAAAAUAUAUUUGUUAGAGAUUUCAACAAGUUCAUCAAUAGAGAACCCUUUAAUCCUUUGGCAAAAUACAGUAAGAAAGACGAGUUAGGGCAAAGUGUCCUAAUCCUUGAAGGACAAGAAUGGAAAGACGUCAGAAGUGUACUCACUCCUACUUUCACAACAGCGAAAAUGAAACAGAUGGCUGGCAGCAUAAAUUCUUCCAUUGAAACCAUGCUUGAUUUGUUAAAAGACCGAGCAACACAAGGGAAAGAAUUUGAUAUAUUUGACACCUAUCAAAGACUUACUAUGGAUGUUAUUACGAGAACAGCUUUUGGUGUGCGCACUGAUGUACAGAAAAACUUCAAAUCGAGGUUGCUACAUGCUACAAAAUUGCUCUUUAGCACGUCAUACAGAGAUCCAAUUAUAUUUAUUGGCUUGUGUUUCCCUUGGUUGCGGCUGUUAUGCAUAAGAAUCCAAGGUCUCGUACUGGGUCUUCUAAACCGGGGAACUAAACCAGGAAUAAUGUUGAGUAAAGGUCUUAAACAAGUGAUAGAGUAUCGCCGAAACAAUCCACAGUCGAAAAAAGCCGAUCUUCUACAGUUGAUGCUAGAUUCUAAAAUUGUCCAACAAAACACCGAUAUUGAUGUUAGAAGAUUAGAAGUUGGUCAUGGUGAGGAUGAUUCUAGAGCUGAGAAAGAAGAAGUUUCAAACAAAAUUGAAAGAACCAUGUCUGAAAGGGAAAUCGUUUCUACUGCUAUGGUAGUUUUGCUUGCUGGGUAUGAGACAACAAGCACGGCUCUUUCGUUUACUACGUACUUGCUUGCUAAACAUCCCGAUGUUCAAGAAAAACUGUAUCAAGAAAUCCAUGAUCUCGUGCAAAAAGGUCAUGCAUUGGAAUAUGCUACAGUAAACAGACUAGUUUAUCUGGACCAAGUCUUAAACGAAUCGCUGAGAAUUUUUCCUCCAGUAAAUUUAUUCACUAAUCGUUUUGCUGUUGAAGAUGUACAAUAUGGCGAAUUCAAAAUCCCUAAAGGCACAAUUAUUCAAGCGCCUGUCUACUUAAUGCAUAAUGAUCCUGAGUUUUGGUCGGAACCCGAAAAGUUUAUGCCCGAAAGAUUUAGUACGAAGCCAAAUCUCAAUGGUAUUACUUAUCUGCCUUUUGGUGUCGGUCCAAGAAAUUGCCUGGGAAUGCGACUGGCACAGUUAGAAGCAAAGCUUACUCUUGCUCACAUAGUCAAUAAUUUCAAAAUGUAUCUCAGCGAUAAACAACAAGAAAAUUUUUCGACGGCUCUUCGAAUACGCACUAUAGCUCCAGCAAAUGGUGUUCUUGUGAAGAUAGAAUUACGAGACGUAGAACCUACGUUAUGAAAUAAUUCAUUUCUAUUACUCUGAAAAUAAACUUGAAGCAUUUUAAGAAGACAAAUUAAAAGGUGCUCUAACCGUACAUAAAGAAUACUGCUUUCCAUUUUUUGAUGAUUCUGCAAAAUAAUAACUGUAUUUUUGUUACGGGUACGCGAACAUUUUUUCCUAAUUGCAUGUAAGUGGUAAAUAAAGGAUGAAACUAAAAUUAUUAACAUAAUGCACGGAAACAGUUAUAAAUUUAUUUUUGAAAGUCUCAGAAAUCAUACCAAUUCACUCAUUUGAUACUUCAUUCAUAUGUUUUAGGAAAUAAAUUGGAGAACUUUUUGUAACA